GUGUGAACUUCCUGUCUCUCCUGUCUCUCUAAAAAUGGCGGACACGUGUGGCCAAGUCUUGCUGGGAUCAGGACUCACCGUCCUCUCCCAUCCGCUGAUGUACAUCAAAGUCCUGGUCCAGGUAGGACAUGAGCCACUCCCCCCCUCCCUUGGCAGAAACCUGUUUGGUAGACAAGUUUACCAGCUACCUGGGCUGUUUGCUUAUGCAAAACACAUCAUCAAGAUUGAUGGAAAAGCAGGUCUCUUCAAAGGGCUUGGUCCCAGGCUCUGUGCCGGCACCAUCGGCACUGUUGUGCACAGCAAAGUUGUGCAGAAAUGUCACGAGCAAGACCACAUUCAGGUACCGGGCAGCGGGCAGAAGGCUUCAGUGGGCUCUCUAGAGUUUGUUGUUAAUGAGACAACCAAAGAGAUGAUUGCUCGCUCCUGUGCUACCAUUGUCACACAUCCCUUCCAUGUGAUAACUUUGCGAUGUAUGGUCCAGUUUAUUGGAAGAGAAACGAAAUAUAGUGGGGUGUUUGACUCCAUUGUCACCGUCUACAGAGAAGAAGGCAUACUGGGCUUCUUUGCUGGACUGAUUCCACGUCUGCUCGGUGACGUCUUCGCUCUGUGGAUAUGCAACCUGCUGGCUCAUGUCAUCAAUACAUACGCCAUUGAUGACUCGAUGAGUCACACAGGAGAAAUCAAGAACUGCUCUCAGGCUGUAACAGGGUUCUUUGCCAGUAUGCUCACAUACCCUUUUGUUUUGGUUUCAAACCUGAUGGCCGUCAAUAACUGCGGGCUCGCCGGAGGCCUGCCUCCCUAUGCAUCAGUAUAUCCCACCUGGGUGGACUGCUGGAGACAUCUAAGCAGAGAGGGUAACAUGAGCAGAGGCAACAGUUUAUUUUUCCGGAAGCUUCCAGCGGGAAAGACAUACGCAAUUGACCAGAAGAGAUUUUUUUAAAGCUUCAAGAGAACUGAGCUGAUAUGGUUGUGAUAGUAAAAACAAAAAAAAAUCAACAUUGCCUGAUCUGGGGGUUGGACAGUCGGCACUUAAAUAUUUUUUUGUAUGCACUUGUUUACUAUAAGUUCUUUUUUUUUUUUCUUUUUGUUUUAACAGCCUCCCAUUGUGUGAAAUAAGUUGAGUUAAUAUUCAGCAGGUUUAGUUUCAUUAACAGAUUUACACACUAAAAUGGAACAUAGAUGCAAUUCUUUAAAAAAAAAAAAAAAUCACCCACAUGUACUGAAUUGAUGGGAGGACAGCUUGUGCUGUCAGACAGCCUGUCUACAUAAUAUGUAAGUGCCCCCCUCCCCCAUAUUUUUUAUAUAGAUCUCCAUGGACAAUGACUCCCCUUGUUCAUCCACGUGAUGGGAUAUGUUUGUUGAAAACAGCACUUCAAUCUGCAUGUGGUAAUGUCUACUAAUUCACAUGUUAAUGAUAAAGUGGGACCUCUUGUUGUGUGGUUUUGUCUCGAUGUGUUAAUUAUUGUAGCGCUCACUGCUGCGUCCAGAGCAGGCAGGUGGAUAUUGCUGAUCGAAAGGUGGAGAUUGUUCAGGAGCAUGUAUGGAUGUACAGAGGCAUGGAGAAGCCCGAGCUGACCAAAAUCUCUCGGCACUCUCAUUAGUCAUGUGCUUGUAUGAGCUCAUUCUGACUGACCCAAAUAAAAACUGCUUUUUUUGACCUUG